AUGUACAGCGUGGAGGACCUCCUCAUUUCCCACGGAUACAAACUGCCCAAGAGUGGCGCUCCAUCUGCCACGCCUUACGACAAGCGCCCUGCCGACUGCCAACGUGAACUUGUGGAAAACAAGGCUGGCCGGGGGACGCUGAACGGGUAUGAGGUGGACAAGGGGCCCUCAUCUAUCACAGGCAUCUAUGGCACCAGGCAGGCUCUGGUGAAGGCUUUCCCUGCAGACAACGAGAGCGGGGAAAGGAACCUAAGGAGAAAAGAAGUCGGCAUUGGUAUCCUAGGUGAUGCUCCGCUCUUGGGUGAUUCUCUCGCAACAGACAGUGGGUUCUAUGAUGUUCCUAGUCUGACUUACUCAGAGCCAAUAAGCUAUGAUGAACGGGAUAUUUCCUACUGGCGGAGGCGAGGCCAGGACUUCAGCAUCCUGCUGGACUAUGCGGACGGCAGGGAACUAAGGGCCUCGGCUGGAGCAUGGAGGCCACAAGCCCUGAUGACAGCAGAGGAAUAUAGGGCAGAGAGGCAAGCGCAGCAACUAUGGGAGGAUAUUUCCUGGUUAAGAGACCCAGAUGCAGGCCCUGGUCAGCUAAGGGUGACUGAGGAGAGGAAGUGCCAAAGCCUGGGUACAGAGGAGUGGAGGCCUGCUGUGGGCAUGGGAAGGCAGCUGUCAGAUGGGGAUGGGGAAAGGUGGGCUAAGGACCAGUAUCGCCUGCGGACACCUGAGGGUUUUUUCCACCCUAGAACUAAAGCAAAGUCUCAGUCACUACCUAGAGUUUUGCUACCCGAUGGAAAUGACUGCAGAGAGCUUGUACCAUCAAGACCUAGCCUACCUGAUAGGCAAAGGUUAAAUAGCACUGUUUUCUCUGGGCCUUAUAGUAGGUAUGUUUAUGGUGGUGGAAGAAAUGGUUGGGGUAGGAAUGUUGGCCCGAGCAGCCAUGUUGCACUUUUACCAAAGCCCAGGUUCAGUAGGCCUUUAAAACCGCCAUCAUAUGAGAUACACCAGCAGACAAGGGGUAGCGCAGAAAUGCUUGCCAUAGAACAGGGUGCCAAACAAAAAGACAGAUCCAUCUAUUAUCCGAGGGUUAGGGAGCUGAGACAUGACUAUUUCGCACAACACUCUGCCCUCACUGGAAUGGAGCCUCCUGGCUACAUUCCACCCCCUUCAUAUAAAAGAGCCCCACCCCCAAGAGGAGUUUCAUUCCAUCGCAACGAAUUGGCAAACUUAAGAUGGAGGGCAGAAGCUUUGCAAAUGCCCAUCUCAGAUCCUGGAAGGUGGCUUUCCAGACAGGCAAGUGGCUUGUGGUUGGAACAUUAUCAGGAGCGUAGUACGUCCUAUCGAAAACAGGUACAUUCACUGGAAGAACAACCCAGUCUGGCUCGUCAGUUACCCAUUGAAGACCCAAGAGUAAAGCAAAUCUCAGGAGGGCCUAGUGGGACUUCUCUCAUUGACUCAGACAAGAUCCGAAACAUCAACAAGGAUGACUCAGACAAGAUCCGAAACAUCAACAAGGAGAUUCCGCCUGCUAAAACUCUAGGACAAUCUACCCAUGAUAGUGCCUUUCCUCCCCAACAGGGCCCAGCUCCCAACACUGAAACCAACAAAACAGCUCUCAAUGACAAUGACAGCAGUAAUCGACGGUGCAUCAGGGGUAUUAAAAAAAGUGAAAGCGUAGGUCCUGAACAUACUCGUAGUCAUAUUUUUCCUUCAUCUUUUCUCGGUAAACCACCACCACCCCCAUGUAAACCGGUUGACCAGGGUGUCUCUGAAACAACAACAGCAACAACAACAACAACAGAGGUAAAGAAAGUGGAACAACAUGAACCACCAGAGAAAGAAAAGUCCAAAAAUCUGAAAAAGAGACUCAGCGAAACCAUUUUUUGUUUAGUGUCUGUCCCUGUUACUCCUCAGCCCACUAUAAUGAUCCGUGACCAGAAUAACAACAAUGAAAAGUCACCAGACCCUGCAGGCAGUCCUAGCGACAACAAAACUGGUCAUUUAACUAACCAAAGCCUCCAAAGCACAUCAUCAGCUGAAGCUGAGCUGCAGGCUCUAACUGGUAGCAUAGCAAGCAGCAAAACAAGCAGCAGAGCAAGCAGCAAAAUGUUUAAAAAACUGCCCUGUCGACCCCCUAAGAUAAAUCAUUACAAGGAACUGAAGCUGUCAGGAACAUGGCCUGCAAACCAGUAUCGAGAUCAGGAGACACAAACUAGCCCAGAAGCUCGAAAACCCAGCCCUGAGAACAAGGAAGCACAAGAAGACACUGUCCCUCCUGACACUGACGUUGCUACAGACAGUAGUUUAGUGGGUGCUGCCUUCACUUUUCCAAUCAAGGGAGUCAAAAGCCUGAAACUGUCAAGCAACAGCGCCUUCUCUCUGACCUCCACCUUCUCCAGCCAGAUGAAUAAGAGUACACCUCAGUCGCCAGCAGUACCACCCUCAGGAAAUGUGGAGGAGGACGAACCAGCAAACAGUGGGCAAGAACCAUUUGAACCAUUUUUAAUUAAGCCCACAGUACAAAGACCAUGGGAUGCUGUCAAAGAACUGGAAACCAUCAAAAAAGAAAUUCAGGAUCAACAGCAGCAGCAGGUCAGCAAACAACCAAGUGUUGACAAGUGCAUAGAGGACCUCAACGAGGCCUACAAAGACAUCUUGGAGCUAGGCACUGCUGGCAAUAAAGUCCCCAAUGGCUCAGUUCAAAUACCUGAGCGUAUCAAAAUCCGACUGACAUCAGAACCUCUCAACAAGCCCAGCAGCCUUAGGCGCAGUGCUGUAAGCUGGUCUGUUGACCCAGAAUACAGAGAAGUGAAGAGCGCCUUCUCCAGGCCUGCAACAAAGUCUGUAACCUUCAGCAAACAGCUCAGAGAAGAGCUCCCUGUCCCACCAAGAGAGACAGGAUUCAGAGAAUACAGGGUUGUUGCACAUCUUUCACGUAGAAGGAGCAACGAUGGCAGGACAGUGAAACUAGACUUGCCAGAUGAGCCUAUUGAGACGCCGCUUUGUGACUUCAGUCCAACAACGAACAGUACAUCAGCUGAGGUCCCGUGGGCAGAUCGACAGCCCAUGCAAGAUGCCUCUACACUUACUAGUCCUCCAGAUUACGAGGACAUAUGCCAGACUUUGCGUCAAUCUAAAGACACGACCGAUACGAAUAGACCAUCUGGAGGGAAUUCUAGACCCAAUGACAUGGAGCCUCCUCAAGAUCUUGGUGUUGAUUCUGAAGAUGAGUGUCCUAUUUGUAAAAGGGAGCUUGAGAAUCAGAUGAGACAGGGUCCGCUGCCUCCACUUCACGAGGAGAACAGCUCAGACAGCUCAACCACUCAAAAUGGAAGUCCACCACAAUGUGCUGCAUUAGAAAGUCCUUCAGAAGACUCAAAAACCGAGGAGCCAAAUGACUCGAGUUUGAAUCCGUCAGGGCCUGAGCCGUGUGCAGAGACAGUGGAGAAGCCCUCACAGAUGCAAGGAGACAGUGAACAAACAGAAAAUGCUCUGGUGGAAAACUCCAACAGUUCGUGCAUGGAUAAUCCUGCUGAGGGUGAACAUGAAGAUGGAUCUACUGAUGAUCCUUCCUCUGCAUCCACUAUAUUACCAACCGAUCAGCCUGCGAACUCAGAAGUCACGGAGGAACCGUGUGUUAAUGAAACUGUAACUAAAAAAAUAGAUUUAGAAGAGGAACUAAACAGUUCAGGAGAAACACCUGAUACUGGCAAAAAGAAAUUUGUAGCAAAAUGUGAGGGUCAAAGCAACACUUUGCCCAGAGGCCGGAAAGAAAUAGAGAAAAAGUCUGUCUCUGUCCCGGAACUUCGGUUUGGUCUACGAACUCAUCUGGGCCGAGACCAUACAGGGUUGCCUGAGUUUCCACCGGAUAGACUGCCGCUCUCAGUUCCCCCAAACCUGGACCGAAGGUUAUCUCUAAGCUUGGAGGGGGAGAGGAGGACCAGAGGCCCCUCCCAGCGAAUAGAAGCAUUGCAGAACAAACUGGCAAUUUCUCCAGCUCACGUGGCUGCCGAGCGGAUUGCCAGGAUGAGAGAGGUGGACGUCAUAUGUCGAGUGAGGCGCCUGAGCAUCCAGAGUACUGACUCUGGGGAGGGGGAAGCAGAAGGGGAGGGAAAGGAAGUGGACAAGCUCCACGCAGUAUCGCAAGAAGACAAGGAGAACAAUCAGGAGGUCACUCAGUCACAGCAGUG